AUGUCGCCAGCUCCCACCCUUCGUCGAAGUUGUAUUUUCUGCCGCACGCGCAAGAUCCGAUGUACAGGGGGUCACAUCUGCGCUGCAUGUCGCGAGCGUAAUAUCGACUGCGUCUACAGUCCCGAGGCUCGUAAAGGCCGACCUAGACGAAAAGUGCGACAUGACUCGUCCACCAGUCCUGCGGCCGCCGAGACGCCGCCUGGCAUCACGACGCCUGCAUCGCCCCAAACCACGCUCGGCGAGGACCUAGAGCAGCGUUUCAAUGCCUACUUCAUCAGUAAUCCGGGCUCGCGAUCGAAUCUGUUCCAGAAUUCCAUCGCCUCGUUCUACAGGCGGUCUGGGCCUGCCCCGGCUGGUCCAACACAUCUCAAGUAUGAAGAACUGCUCUCUUUGAUGGGCCUUGAGAUGGUGGAGAUGCUGCUGCUGCGUCUAGGGCAUUUAGGAUGCGAGAGACCCGAGACAGUGACGAAUCGCAACGCGUUCAUUACCGGAUUGGCGGCCGAUACGACCGCGUCGAUGUUCGAGCCGUCGCAGCAUGAGAGCCCACUGCCCGCGCUGGGUUCGCAGCGUAUCCUCCAACUUGUCGAUCUAUGGUUCAACGUGCAUCCGCUGUCGGCGCUGGUAUCUAAGACCCUUCUAAUCAAUCGCAUUAAGGACGGCACGGUCGACGAGGCCCUCCUCGCUCUUAUCCUCGCUGAUGCAAGCGAGUUUUACCGCGCCCGAGUUACUAGCCACGAUGCCAUUGACACCGAGGUCCUCUUCCAAUGGGGCGCCACGCAGCUCCAACACCGUCCGGCCCUCCCCUCGCUCUCCACCUCGCAGUCCCUCGUCCUGAUGGCCUGGCGCGAGCUGUGCAUCGGCCACGCCCGCCGCGCCACCUGUCUCAUCGGAUACGCCUGUCGCAACCUCGCGCGACUCAACGAGCAAUGGCAGCGCCACGAGCGCAAAGACACUCGCAAACUCAACGGCAUCGCCAUCAGCGACGUCGAGCUCGAGAUCCUGCAGAACAUCUACUGGUUCUGUCUCUCCACCACCGCCUGGGCCUUUAUGCAGAUCGACCAGCCCUUCUCGCUCUUCGUGCCGGACGAGACGCCUGCCUUUCCCUGUGUCGACGAGUCAUCGUCCGCCUUGCUCCAUCUCGAUCGCGCGUCCGAUCAUAUCUCUACCUUGCCCGCGCAGACGGCCGCCCUGCGAUCCCUCUGGCCUCUCAGCCAGAUCAGCAGUACCGUGGGGCAUAUCUAUACGUUGUAUCUGAAUGCGCCGAAGGACGCAGGAGAAUCGAGUACGCCCUGGCAAACGAGACACAUUCAUCAGCUGCAUCGACUGCUUCAGUCGCGGGUGGAUCUCUCGGCGUUGGCGCGUGAAAUCCGCGGGAUCCUGAUGCAGGCGAUCCGUGCCGUCGAGACGGAAGUUCGGACAGGUGUGACGCGGUCACAGCUCCUGGUCGCUUAUCAUACGAUUGCGAUUCAUAUGCUGUUUCCACCGGCAGGGCCCGGUUCACUCGAUGAAGACGGGAAUGAGGACGUGACGGAUGCGUUCUGGCACUCUGUGCAGGCUAUUCUGGGCCUGAGGGAUGUUGACGUUGGAGAGGGGGUGUCUGCCUCUCCAUCUGUUUUCUCCAAGCCCGACUCGGCCUCUAUAGCACCUUUUAUAUCCCUUGCGAUAGACACCUGCACUCGCGCCUUGACCCAUCUUUACCAUCAUCACCAUGCAGCCGCCAACCAGAUCCAACCCCAAUUCCAACCCCAACCCCAAACGCAAAUCCUUCUCGACCACACGACGCACCUCCACUCUGCCUGCCUGCACGAACUCGAAACCACAUCGGCAUCAUCCUACUCCAUCCUCCGCGCGUCCAAAAAACGCCUCAAAGGCCUCAAACUCGCCCUGCAGAGUCUCGGAUCGCCGCCGUCGCUGCCGGAGCUGGAGCUCCCCGGGGUGGGCUGGACGCCUGAGGGUCUUUCGUCCUUCUCCGGACCAGUCGCAGGGGAGGGGGCGAUGGGGGGGCUGGAGAUCGUGGAUCCGUGUUUCUUUGCGGAUGCGUCGGAUGGGACAGGGCUGUUGGGGUUCCCGGGUCUGAUGACGGGGGGGAAGGAGUUUAAUUUCGAUCUGGAUUUUGAUUUUGUGUAG